AAAGAAGUCGGCCUCCAGCAAUGUGUGAAGAUUUGUCGUAGCCGGAGAAGGCCAACCCUAAUCCCUCCCGGUAUUCCUCGAGACGCCUCCCUGUCCGGGCCCCGCCCCAAUAGCGACAACAUCGGGCCAUCAUGCUCGCCACUGGUGCCAGCGGCUACCCCUGUGGACCUUCAUACGUUGUGGGAGUGGACCAUGGCUGUCUCCUCUUCCUCAUCACGCCGCAAACGUUUCCACGCCGUCGUGCAGGGGCUCGCGGGCGAGAGGGACGAGGCUCUCCACAGGCUCCACGCCGCCGUGUGCGAGCUCCGGCGGCUACAGCGUGUGGAGAGGGAAAGCAAGAGCUUGCGAGUCGGCCUCCGGUCGUCGGAGAGAAUCCGAGGACAGCUGACAUCCUUGCUGGAGGAGUGCGAGCGCUCCUGGGUCUUGUCUCCUCCUCCCUGCGCCUGUGCCCGCAAGGACUUUCCUCCGGCUGGCGUCGUGAUGGGAGGCGGUCGAGGCGGGGGGAAAGAGAGCGCCAAGCUGGAUGAGGCUGCGGACGAGGGGAAGAAGGAAGAGCCGAAGGAGGAAAAGGGGAAGGAGAGGGAAGAGAAGAAACUUGCGGUGGAGAAGGAGGACGAGGAGGAGGAGCAGCAGCAACAGCAACAGCAGCAACAGCAGCAGCAGCAGGAGGAGGAAGAAGAAGAGGAGGAAGCGCAUACAGACGACGGUGGGGAGAAGGGGGAAAAUGAAGACAAGAAAAGAGAAGAAGUUUUCCGGGGGCACUGGCGGGAAUGGGGCCUGACGGAAAGCGAAGAGGGCGGCUCUCCUGAGGCCGGCCUGGGGGCGAAGAACGCCAGAACGGCAGAAGCCUCCUCCUUCCCAUCCUGCGGGGCAAGCGGUAGCACCCUGACCACUGCCGCCAGCAUCUUGUCGGACGCAGAGGGCUUGCACGCGGUCUUCUGUCGGUAUUCCAGCCUGCAACAGCACCGCUCCAGCGCCCACCGUCCCGUCCCCGCUGCCCUGAUCGCCAAGCCUUCUCCUCCUUCCUCCUCCGGCAUGCCCCCCUCCCUCUUCUCCUCCCGGGGGGAGCUGCUGGCAGCGGCGAACGAAAGGAGGAAACACGCGACAGAGACCAAGAGUGCGGUGCUUCAUAGCUCGGUGGUAGCUCACGUGCCUGAAAAUAGAGGGGAGGUGACGAGGAGGAAAAUGGGCGCCUUAGCAGGAACAGAAUCCGAGGAUCGCGUUGUAAAGGCCGGCAGCAGGGGGGAUGUCGAGGGGGAGGAGACCGGCAGUCGUCCUGGGGGAGAGCUGCGGGACGAUCCUGGCAUGGGGCCCCUCGAUGGGCGGAGGGCAAAAGGCGGGAAGCAGGGAGAGCAGAAGCCAGAGACGAAGACGAGGACGACGCAGGAAGACAGCAAGGACGCGCUUUUGGGGUCCAGAUCUCUGGUGCAUGUCGGUCAUCGCAGACAGAAAUCCUCCCAGGCCUCCGCCCGCCUCUUUCCUGCGGGCACAGAGACGGCGUGGGGCAGGCGUGUGGGACCCCGACCCACCAAAGAGGAGCUCUCCUGGCACCAAUAUUGCCCUGAGACGCCUUGUCGACGGACGCUUCCAUCCAUGGUAGCGCCGUCCGCCCCCCACUCGCCCUCCUUCUUGGCCCUGGCCCCCCUCUUGCCCGACACCCGGGCGGGCAGACCCAGGAGGGGGAAGGGAACGGGGAGGAAGGAAGGUAGCCGUCAGAAGGGUUAUGCGGGUGCUAGGCCGGCGGAAAUGGGUGGGGUGAGCGGGAAGAGCGUCGAUAAGAAGACAAGGACGAGAGGAGUGAUGGCUUCAGCCACGGCAGGCUCGGUGACCUCCACACGCUUGCUCUCGGCCCGUGACACGUUAAAAAUCUCCUUCUCUGACGCGGACGCCGGACCCCGCCUGCCUCUUGCGGCCUGGCGCGAUGCGGAGGCUCGCUCUAUUUCUCACACUGCCACCUCCGUCUCCUCCUCGCGGCGUCUGUGGGUCUAA